GUGUCUCCGUUGGCUCCACCCAGUGUUGACACGCCUCCUCCUUACUCCGCCUGGACGUCCCAACACACUGUGUGUAUAGACUGAAAAACUCCAGCCUCUACAAUAUUAAACAUUUCUUAAAGCCGGCUCUUCCUCGGCGCAGCUGCUCCGCUUUGUGGCACCCCCUGCCGGUGUUUCACAGAGGUGUGGAUGGAAAGGUGGAGCUCGGAUCGGUCACAGGAGAUAUUGAGAACUGUGGGACAGAACAUUGCAAAACGUCCCAUGGGGUUCUGUGUUCUGAACCGUGUUGCAUUCGUAUCGGUGUAAGCCUGGCUGUAACGCGUUUUAUGCCUGGGAGAUUUUAAGUUCCUAUCGCCCGUUUUAAAAUAACAGCGUCUAUUUGUGGUUGAUUGUUAACUGUUUAAAACUUUGGUUUCACGGCUUUUUAAAUUUGAGCAAUCUCCUUUUUUUUUUUUUUUUUUUUUUUUUUGCCUUGGAUAUAGAGCAAUUGAAGAACUGCAGAAUACAACGGCGUCCUUGUAUAGAGGAUGCAUACAAUCCGAUAGCCACUACUGCAUGACCCUAGUCAAUUUAUUUUUUGCGUUGCUCGUUUGGGUGUAUUCUAUUCACAAAUAUUUCCCACGGAAGAGGUUAGCUGAUUUCAUUAAAGUUCAAGCACUUCUGUUGUAAAUUAAAACUUGUAGUAACUAUAUAAGCACUUCCCCCCCAGCAAAUGCUAACGGAUCGCUUACAAAGUGAAGACUAGUUGUUUUUUUUUUGUCCUCGCCACCAUGUCUGGCGUGGUGCGCACCCUGAGCCGGUGCUUGAUUCCAGCUGAAGCCAGCCGGGAGCGGAGCAACAGCAAAGAACGGAGCCGGGACCGGGAUGUGAACCAGGAGCGAGAGGCGAGACGCCGCAGUCGGGAAAUCGAUUCAAUGCUUGCCCGGGAGAGACGAUCCGUUCGCCGCUUGGUUAAAAUUCUUCUGCUUGGAGCCGGUGAAAGUGGCAAGUCGACAUUCUUAAAACAAAUGAGGAUUAUCCAUGGGAGGGAGUUUGACAAGAAAGCAUUGCUUGAGUUUCGAGACACCAUAUUUGAGAAUGUUAUUAAGGGUAUGAGAGUCCUGGUGGAUGCCCGUGACAAGCUGGGUAUCCCCUGGCAGAACGAGGGGAAUGAGAAGCACGGCAUGUUUGUGAUGGCCUUCGAGAACAAGGCCGGAGUGCCUGUGGAGCCCUGCACCUUCCAGCUGUAUGUCCCCGCCCUCCGCGAGCUGUGGCAGGACACCGGCAUCCGCCAGGCAUACGGACGACGCAGCGACUUCCAACUGGGUGAAUCCGUGAAGUAUUUCUUGGAUAACUUGGACCGGAUUGGGCAGCUGAAUUAUCUCCCGAGCAGACAAGAUAUUCUGCUGGCCAGGAAAGCCACGAAGGGGAUAGUCGAGCAUGACUUCAUCAUCAAGAAGAUCCCCUUCAAGAUGGUGGACGUAGGCGGCCAGCGCUCGCAAAGGCAGAAGUGGUUCCAGUGCUUCGAUGGGAUCACCUCCAUCCUCUUCAUGGUGUCCUCCAGUGAAUACGACCAGCUGCUCAUGGAGGACCGGCGCACCAACAGGCUUGUGGAGUCCAUGAACAUCUUCGAGACCAUCGUCAACAACAAGCUCUUUUCCAACGUCUCCAUCAUCCUCUUCCUCAACAAGAUGGACCUCUUGGUGGAGAAGGUCAAGAGCGUGAGCAUCAGGAAGCACUUUGCUGAUUUCCAGGGCGACCCCCACCAGCUGGAGGACGUGCAGAGCUACCUGGUUCAGUGCUUCAACAGGAAGAGGAGGAACCGAAGCAAGCCCCUCUUCCACCACUUCACCACGGCCAUAGACACGGAGAAUAUCCGCUUCGUCUUCCAUGCUGUCAAAGACACCAUCCUGCAGGAAAACCUCAAGGACAUCAUGCUACAGUGAUUGCAAGCACCACUACACAUUGUCGUCAUUUUUUUUUUUUGUAUUUAUAA